AAAAGUGGGGGGCAAACAACCCGUUCCCAUGGUGACAAGUCCUGCCUUCCACUGUGCAGCAGGCUGUGAGAGGGGAGGCAGGAGGGUGUUUUUUUUUUUUUUUUUCUUUCCUUUUUGUCGGUUUUCCUUGGAAAGACAUAAGUCGGGAGGUUUUUUAUUGAAGAGGGGCAGGUAAACCGGCCAAAAGUUUUUCAACGCGUAAAAAGAAAAAAAAAAACAAACCGGGAUUUGCGCCGUCGCAGAGGGAUUAUAAAGUGUCAGCAGCCAUGGAUGUGAGGAGAAAGUCGGAGGUCAGUGGGCUGUUUGCAGACAAACAUGACUGCCAACAAGAGUUCGAAGGCUGUGCCUCGUGCAGGAGGGGGUAAAGCUCCCCGGGAAGUCCCUGACAGGUGCCAGUCUACAUCCCCGUGUCCUGUUCUCUCUGCCAUUCAGGGGCAGAGCCAGCAGCCUCUCCUCAGCGACAGUGAAGCAGGGAGGCAGAGCAGGUACGUCAGGACCGACGGCAGGUUCCUGGUACGUGCUGGCUGGAGCAGCAAGGCCACCAGCCUGUGCGGUAGUGCAUCUCUCACAGGUGACACUGACUCCCAAGGCCGUCUCACAAAGGCAAAAAGCAUCAGCUGCCUGGACAAUAGGCUCUCCAUCUAUAAGCCCCAAGCUCAACCCAAGUUCUGUCAGGAAAGUCAGGAGCAAAAGGAGAAACAAGGGGAUCUCUCUCCGGGAGAUGGACUCAAUGGUCGGCCCUUGAGUUGGAGCACGCUGUCACUGGGACCUUCCUCUAACCAAAGCCACAAACGCACCCUCUCACUCACCCGCUCAGUAGCAGGUGUUCCCCCCACCACAAUCCGCAAGAAGAUCUCAGAAUGGGAGUGCAGAAGGGUGGCUCUGCCUAGGAUGAGCUUGUGUCUAGAUAAAAGAGGAGCAGAGCGUGUAGGGGGCAGUGAGGGCUGCCCCAGCCUGCUCUCUUCUCCGUGUAGCGAGAAAACUUUUGACUUUAAGGGGAUUCGCAGGAUGAGCACGGCUUUCUCAGAAUGCUCCUACACAGAGGAAGAGGAAGGAGUUUCAGAGAAAGACGGCGUAGGUCGUUUUCAGAAAAGGAUGAACAAGCCCGAGUCCUCGGGAACAUUUGUACGUUCCCUGUCUGCUCGGAAGGAGACAUCAGCAGUCCUCAACAGGAUACAAAAGAUAGAGCAAGCCCUGAAGGAGAAUCCAAACCCAUCCCCUCCACGUUACCUGAGUAAUUGCUAUGCUCCAGACAAGACAAGACAAAAGUCUUUUGUGAUUGGAGAUGACUUUGACAGUACAUGCACCAGUAAGCGCAGCAGCAUUUGCUCAGUUGCCACUGAACCAGAUGCUGUUUUGGUGUCUGAUAAGCUCUCGAAACUCCGACAAAGGUUUAGUGUGAGCUCAGUCAGGUCUGAGAGCCCAGAACCACCCAGCCAACAGACCCCCGUAGGCACACCAGUCAACCCAUUACCUAAACCCAAACGCACUUUUGAGUACGACGCCAAAGGAGACCAGAAGGGCCUGUUACCAGCCAAUGGACUACCUCCAAACAGAGCCUCGGAGUCUCCCCCGCCUCUUCCCUCGACGCCUGCACCCAGCAUGACACGAACGGUCAAGACAGAGGGGAGCACCCCAAUGAGACUCCAGGACAGAGAGUCGUGUGAGUCAGAGGAUGCUGUGAGUCUGCCAUCUUCCUAUCCGUCCUCACCUACAGAGAAUGGCACAGUAACCGCAGUCACUAGGAGUCAACCCAAUUCCAAAAGCACUUUAGAGGAGAAUGCAUAUGAGGACAUCGUAGAAAAGGAGAACCCAUAUGAGGAUGUUGACUUGAAGCGGAAGAGUUUGGGUCGGAAAUCUUGUCUGGUGGCGGAGAGCAGCCGAUCCUGGACCACCAUGGACAGGAAGAGGAACUCUCCACCUCAGGUAGGAAAUUUGAAUCGGCAAUCUGAAGCGUGCAAAUUGCGGACACAAACACUGAAAACUACUAUAUAUAAAAAGUUGCCUUCCAAACCCAGUAGCCAGUCCCUUCGCCUCCCUGGGCCGAGUGACAGGAAAAGCCAUCGGCUAUCACAGUUGUCAAAACGCUACAGCCACGAUGAAAUGCUGCUUCUCCCUCAGCUGGGUUUAUCGCCUUCACCUUGUGGCCUGCUGGAUGAUAACCUCUGCAGUACCAGUGAUACCCUGGCCUCACACAGGCACUGUAGGAUCCCCAAGCUGGUCCAGAGGAUCAACUCCAUUUACUGCACUAAACGUGGGAAGAAGAGGUUGAAGAAGCUGACCAUGUCCAAUGUUGAGACUGCAUCUCUGAGAGAUGACAACAGUGAGAGUGAGAGCGACUCUGACGACAGGUUCAAAGCUCACACCCAGAGGUUGUUGAAACUGCAGUCCAUCCUUCGACGGGCCCCCAGCUACCGCACACUGGAGCUGCAGCUCAUUGAGUGGCAGGAGAGAGAACUCUUUGAGUAUUUUGUGGUUGUUUCUCUAAAAAAGAAACCCAGCAAGAACUCCUACUCCCCAGAGGUCACCUACCAGUUCCCCAAGCUAGAGAGGCCCACCAAGCAGAUGAGGGAGGCCGAACAGAGACUCAAAGCCAUUCCUCAGUUCUGUUUCCCAGAUGCAAAAGACUGGAGUCCUGUGUCUGAGUACACCAGUGAGACUUUCUCCUUCAUGUUGACUGGAGAGGACGGCAGCAGGAGGUUUGGGUACUGCAGACGCCUGCUGCCGACUGGGAAAGGGCCGCGCCUUCCAGAGGUGUACUGUGUCAUCAGCAGACUGGGCUGUUUUGACUUGUUCUCCACGAUCUUGGAUGAGGUGGAGCGGCGGCGAGGUGUCUCGGCAGCCCUGGUCUACCCCUUCAUGAGAAGUCUGAUGGAGUCGCCCUUCCCUGCACCAGGGAAGAUUAUCAAAGUGAAGACCUUUCUGCCCGGUGCAGGAAAUGAGGUCAUUGAGCUGAGGCGGCCCACUGACUCCAGACUGGAGCACGUGGACUUUGACAGUCUGUUCAGUUGCCUCGGUGUACGGCAGGUGAUUCGAGUCUUUGCCUCGCUGCUGCUGGAGCGGAGAGUCAUCUUUGUGGCCGAUAAACUCAGUACCCUGUCCAGCUGCAUGCAUGCAGUGGUGGCGCUGCUCUACCCCUUCUCCUGGCAACACACCUUCAUCCCUGUGCUGCCAGGGUCCAUGUUGGAUAUUGUUUGCUGUCCCACUCCCUUCCUGGUGGGGCUCCUGUCCAGUUCUUUGCCUAAGCUUAAGGAGUUGCCUGUGGAAGAGGCUUUAAUGGUUGAUCUGGGAACUGACCGAUUCAUCCGACAGAUGGACGACGAGGCCUCGCUGUUGCCGCGGAAACUUCAGGCAGCUCUUGAGCAAGCGCUGGAGCAGAGGAAUGACAUCAUCAAUCAGGACUCUGACAGCGAGUCAGACGAAGAGUAUAACUCCUUGAAUAGCCUGGUGUCAGAGGCCUUCAUCCGCUUCUUCCUGGAGACCAUCGGCCAUUAUUCCCUGUUUAUUACUCAGAAUGAGCGCGGAGAGCGCGUUCUCCAAAGAGAGGCCUUCCGCAAGUCAGUGGCUUCUAAAAGCAUCCGUCGUUUCCUCGGUGUCUUCAUGGAGUCUCAGAUGUUUGCAGGGUUCAUUCAGGAUCGGGAGCUGAGGAAGACCCGGGCAAAAGGUCUGUUUGAGCAGAGGGUCGACCAGUAUCUGGAGGAGUUGCCAGACACAGAGCAGAGUGGAGUCAACAAGUUUUUGAAAGGCCUUGGAAGUAAAAUGAAGUUUCUCCACAAAAAGAACUGAGGGGAAAUCAUCCAGUCAUACAAGAACCUGAAGACCUGAUGUCUCAAGUCUCUGCAUUACAAUGAUUCUCACUUUUGUCAACUUUUUUUUAAUGUAAACAUGUACAUAUUAUUUCACUGUAAGCUGGCUGUGAUACUCUUCAGUGUAUGUUUAUAGUACCUUAUGAGAUAGUGAUAGCAGGACGGUACACAGCGAGUGAGCCGUAGAGUAACCACUGAUGUCCAGGUGUGCUUGUAAAGAGUGUUAUCAGAGUGUGUGAGUGUAUGUGACUUGACAUGGGCAUAGAUGUACAGUUCAUAUGUUCUCAUUCUGCAUUAUUUUCACGACAGUAUUUCUCUGUUUAAGGAGUGUAAAACCUAUUCGAAAACUGUACAUGCAUCAAGACAAUGAAGAAAAUGAGUGUAACUCUUCAGAGUCUUUUGCUAUCUUUUAUUAAAAAAUGGUAGUUAAAAUGCUUCAAA